GGAGGAGGUGGUGGCGGUGUUUGUGGUCGGCCGGGGAGCGAGCGCUCUGAAGGGUCCUUGGGAGCUUGGGAGGGGACCCCCAACAUCUAUGCCCCGGCUUGUCUUCAUACUCCCCCGGUGCUUCUGUUUCCCACAUUGAGGGGUGUCCUGGCUGCCCCCCAGCUGUAUCCUCUCCCUGUAUAUUCCAGGCAAGCCAAUGGCGGAGGGUCCCCAGCAGCUGCUGGAAGUGUGUGGGCAGAGGCUGUCCCGCUUCCUCUGCGAUGCCCAGCACAAGCACCUGGCCUGGCUGCGGGAGGUGGAGGAGCAGGGCAUGAGGAUGCUCAAGAGCAGCUUCAGGGAUGAGCCCAUGCUCUUGCCCAAAACACCGUCGCAGAGGAGGAAGCUCAGGAAAAGGCAGUCCUCCUGGGUGAGGGAGGAAAACAAGGAGCUGAGCAGGAGGAGGUUAUCCCGAAGGAGGAGUGGUGUCAAGCUGCUGUCUUCCAGUCUGAAUUCCCAGCAGUGCCUGAGGCAGGAGCAGCCCCGGAGCCCUGGCUGUGAGGGGCAGGAUGUAUCCGUGCCUGGCUGCACUCUGGGAUCUCAGGCUGGCAUCACACUCCAGCUCCCGGCUGUGCCUGGGAAGCAGCCUGUGGAAGCACUUGCUCCCAUGGCAGAUCUGGAUUGCCAGGAAUGUCCCCGAGGCGCUGCUGGGGGUGGCACAGCCCCUCCAGCAGUUUUGGGGGAGCAGCUGCCUGAGGGGGGUGCAGCAGCUGAGCUCCAGGAGGUCCCUGGGAUCCCAGCUGAACAGCCAGGAAGGGAUGGGGAGCAGGACACCAGGAGAGCCAGCACCUCCACUCCCAAGGCUGCUCAGAACGGUGAUCCUGCUGUGCUCCGAGGAGAUGGAUCUCCUCACAGCCUCAAGAUGCUGCUCUUCCAGGAUUCCCCCAGUAAAAGUGCCACAGAGAAAUGCAGGAUGCACCGCCGGAGCGGGGUGGGUGCUCCCCACAAGAGCCGCAGGGCUUCACUGGCAAAAAAAUGCUCCCUGGCCAGCAGGAGGGAGAACAUGAUCCGGAGAUCCAUCGGCAGGGCCAUGGCCAGGAAGGCAGCGGCGCGAGAAUCCUCCUCAGCCUCCAGCAGAGUGAGCUGUCAGAGCUCCUUGGAGGCUUUUGUGGAAGAAGAUAUGACCAGCAACACAAGGCCUGAGCCGGAGCCAAAUUCCCCAAGGGAAAAGGCUCCUGGAGAUGUCAUUGUUGCAAGCACAACUCUGCGAGCUGCCAGCCCUCCUGCACAGCACCUGUCCCCUCAGGAGCAGCUGGCAGGGAAUGCUGCAGGAAGCCAUGUAAAUCCCAGCAGUGAGCCCCAGAAGAGCCAGGAACAGCCCCACUGUGCCAAGACCCAGGAGAAUUCCUCCUGCAUGUGGAUGAAAGGCUGCAAGCAAGCCCUGGGUGCCCUCUGGCAGGGGCAGCAGAUGAGGGGCCAGGCCCUUUCCCCUUUGGAUGAGAAGCACAAGACCUCAGCAAACCAGGCUCCAUCAUCCCCCUCUCCAGCCAGCAAGGCUGUCAGGCCACUGAAGAGCAUCCUGCAGGGACAAGGGGGUGGCAUCAAGGACUUCAUCAAGCGCAACACUCCCACCCGGCUCCACCUGAAGGGAGACUUUGUUGAGAAGGAGAGGCAGAGACUGGAGAACCUCCGGAAGAAGCAGGAGGCUGAGGAACAGAGGAAGAAGAAAGUGGAGGAGGAGAAGAGACGGCGUCAGGCUGAAAUGAAGCAGAAGCGGGAAGAGCGCCUGAGGAAGGCCCUGCAGGUUCGGGAGCGUGUGGAACAGAUGGAGGAGAAGAAGAAAAAGCGGGUGGAGCAGAAGAUGCUGCAGAGUGAUGAGAAGGUGAGAGAAGAGAAGGUGGCAGAGGAGCGGAGCAAGAGGAAAGGGUCCAAGAAACACGGGGAAGCAGAGGCACGGAAGCAGAAAGCCUUGAGAUGGGAGGAAAAUGAGCAGCAAGAACCACUGCAGAAAAGAGAGGAAGAAGUGAAGGAAAGAGGGAAGACAGUCUUGGAACUGAAGAAACUUCUGGAGCAGCAACAGCUGGGACAAGCAAAGGAGAGGGAUGCCAAGCAGCAAGGGAAGGAGAAACGCCCUCAAGCACAGCAGGAGCCAGCAGCAGUGGCUGGCAAGGCCACCAAGGGGAAAGAAAGUCCCAAAGAGCUGCCCCUUGGACCUGGGCUGGAGAAAAGAUACGAGCCACCAGAAUCCUUUUUCCCAGCUCUUAAUGUCUGGCUCCAGGCAGAGAGGGACGCCGACAGUGAGCAGCAGCCGGGAGAGGAGAAAAAACCCCUUCAACCAGCAGCCCCUGGGACGUGGCCGAAUAAAGCCGUCAAGAAAUCCCUCUCCACAUCCUGGCUCGGUUCCCUGACGGGUGCUCAAGGACCAGAAUUGCCCCUGGCCAAAGAGAACAGCUACGGGCUGGAUCUGAACAGCGACGACUCCACGGAUGAUGAGAGCAACCCCCGGAAGCCCGUCCCUGCCUGGGCCAAGGGGGCACAGCUGCAUCAGGCCAUCGUGCACCAGUACUACCACCCGGUGGACGAGGACGCGCUGUUCGGGGCCAUCCCCGGCCCCCGGCUGGAGCACAUCUUCUACAAGAGCAAACCCCGCUACUUCAAGCGCACCAGCUCGGCCGUGUGGCACUCCCCACCCGGCCCCUCCUGCGGGCCCUCCUGCACCUUCCAGAGCUGAGCCAAGGCAGCCAAAGGGGUUUCUAGGGACUGUGUUCUGCUUACGCUGUAUCUACAAUUUUAACUUUUUAUUCUUCUUUUGUACAGAAAUAAAGUUGUUGAUCAAGU